GUUUAAGUACUAGUUGAAUGUGAAUAAAUAAACUCAAUUUACAGCAUUCCAGCUACAAACAUAUCUGAACAAGAGCCUUUCAUCGAGUUUCCGCGAAAUAGUAUGAUUUAAUUACACUUCCCAUCCAACCAGCCGGAACAGAACACCAAGAUUGUCCACUGUGCUUCGAAAAGGCUCUUGAAACCGAAUGAAAAACUGUUUGUAAUUUGUUAUAAACAAAAUAAUUUUCCUGUGUCAUGACUGCGCGAUGUUGCCGUGGCUGAGGUCCCUUCAGUGCACCACUACGACCCGCACCAGCUCCACGUUUUCCGUCACAGUUUUCUACCGAGAAAAAAAUAACACAAGAAAAUCCACGGUUGCGUUCGGUUGUGACGUGAUGCAAUCCUUCACGCGCCGUGGACCACUUCAGUCAUGAGGCGGAUCCCUUGGAUGAAUUCCGCCGUCGGCGGUGCCUCCAAAUUCGGAACGAUACGGAAAAGCUGCAAAGCGCACGCGUCCUUCCAACCCUCCCACGUGGGAAAUGCGAAACCACGCGCCGUCUCGCUUGCCCUGCUGGCUGGCAGAAUGGACGGGCGCUAGGUGGUUGCACUCCGUGAUUCAGUAGGUGCAGCACGGUUUUUCCUGCAAGAGGAAUUCAUUCACCAACACAGGCGCUCGGUUGUAACAGGACCGGACGAAGUCUGCAAGUCCCUUUGCAGAACCACGGGGUAGGACAGUGUGAGUGCGCACGCACACAGCCACCCGCCCAGAGUGCACGGUAUACCCGUGUUCCACCGGUUCGGUGGAAAUUCCGUCGUCAGUACGUUGUAAACCCAGUGAAGGUAAAGAUGAGUUUUCACCGUGGUCCCGCCGUUGAGUCGGUCCUCCUGUGAACCUGUGCAGUGCAGUUGAGUGAGUGUGGCGUUCCCAGCCAAAAGUUUCCACCAACAAAGUUUUCAGCGGCAAAGUUUCCUUCGAGAAGUUGGAAAAACUUUCGACUUUGGGUGGCAAAACUGCACACAACCCCGAAAAGUUUUUCAAAAACUCGCCAAAACUUUUCGCCAACCCACAGAGCGAGUUCCGCGAGGGAAAAGUUUGACAAAUAUAGCACCCGCAGUUUCCGAGUGAAGUGGGGUAAAAGUUUGGUGCCGGUGCAGAAGAGAAAGAGCGAGUGAGUGGCUCCAGGCAUAAUAGCGGCAAGUAAAAAAGACAAUUAUUUUUGGCUGCCCGCCAUCGACAGCGGCAUUGAAGUCUGCGAAGACGACGACGUGCAAUAAUCUUGCGGGGAGUUGUUUUGGGGCCAGCAAUUAAGGGAACGGAAAGUUUUCAAGUUAACGACGGCUGCAUACCACCUUCGAACGGUUAAAGGCUGGGUGGAAAAGUUACGACUGCUGGUAGAUUUCCACGCGGAAAAUCAUCGAUUGAGCGAGCGUGAGAUACCUGACCGCGAGAAUUUCAUUAAUUGUAAAAUAGUGGUCUAAAGAAGACAAAUAAAACUACUGCAAAAUGUUUACUAAAAAGUUAUGAACAAAAUAUUUGACUGGAACCAGUUACGCGAGAAAAGUAGCCCUAUUGUAAAUUCAAUAAGGAAAACCAUCGUUCGGUGUUUGGAGUGAUACUGCGUGAAGAAUAUGAUUCUUUAGUGUGGAAACAACGAGCGCGGGAAAGCUGCAAUAGAGUGAAAAAGUGAAUAAAGUGGAUACGUGAUAGUUUAGGACAGUUUGCAAUUAAGAUCUUACUGGUUUAACGACAGCUGUUAGUGUUAGAAGAAAUCACCAACAAUACACAAUACAACAAGUGCAAUAUUUAUACGAUCUCUACCUAAUAUCACCAAUUAAUCGUAAGAGUGUUACGUUACUGUGUAUUUCUAAGUGUUAUCCCACGUUCAGUGCUACCUACAUAAGUCAAAAUGAUUGAUAACAGUUACUCCUACGUCACGCGCGACAACCUGCGCUACACAGAUCUCAACGAUGGGCGCUCCUAUGCUCAGAUGAGUACACUCUCAUCACCGCCCUCUAUGGGCAAUCGACUGGGCGAAUACGACACAACGGCAUCACAUUUGACUAAUCAUAGACCAUACGAACCCGCUCCGCAAACGGCUUUCGAAAGAUACGACACCAGUUACCCUCCUCAACGUAGCAAUCUCUAUUCCUCUUACGGAUACUCGCAAUCUAUCUUAGACGAAGAACAGAAAUACAUUUCGGCAGAACCUCCUGCUCCUCCAGAAAUUCAACCAAGUCAACAUCAUUUAGGCUUACCCACUGGUCCGACAGAUCGGCUUCAUCCCAUGAUGAAAGUUGAAAUGGAUGAAAGUGCCGGUCCCAUCUACCCUAGACCCAUGUACCAUUACGACCCUACGUGUGGAACAAUGCCUCCCGGAUUCUCAGCCAUCAACCUGAGCGUCAAAGAAGCUAGCCCUCCAAUUCCUUACAAAACCAGCGGUACUCCUUCCCCCAAUCCCAUCAGCCGAAAACCUGAUGACCCAAGAACGAAUAAGAUUUCAUCCACUAGUCCCGAACCUGGUGCAAGUCCUCAGCAGCGCAGCAGUCCCCAAGCCAGCCUUGACUUGAGCUCCAACCAUAGCGGUGGAACGAGUCCGCACUUCGCCAGAAACUCCACCACAGGUCCAUCGAACGGAAGCAACCCCGCCUCGAAUCCAACCACUGCGAACAACAACAACAACCCAAACACCGCCAACAACAACCCCGUGUAUACGAACGAAGUUCCGGAAUCGCGCAACAACUCGGACGUCAACCAGACCGAAUUCAACGGCGGCAACAGCGAACGACCACUGGGCAUCGGGUUCGCGAGGCCGCAACCUCCUUCGGCGUCCUACAGCCGCGAGUCCACGCCGGACAGUGGUGGGUCGUACUACGCGGACACCUAUCGCGACACCAGCGGUGAGUGCAACGUGCCACCGUCUUCCUCCUCGUCGGCAGCGGCGGCUACGGAUCGCAGCCAGAGCUUUUUCUCUAGCGAGAAUCUUUCUCCGUACUCUGCAGGCUACAGUCCGCACGCCAGCUACGGCAUGGUGGUGCAGCCGGAUUAUACCAACGGCUAUCCGGGAUACGCGCCGAAUGCGUACCAGUACAGCGGCCCGUACGCGAGUUCGCUCGGUUCGGGCGUUUAUCCACCGUCGGUAGCUUCGGGUUACCCGCCGAGCUCGGGUUCUAGCUUCGUGACACCACCGGCGCUGGGGCAGCACCUUUCGUCGCAUGACAAUCUGCUGAAAGCUGGACUAACCGGGUAUCAACGACUGGAUCGACCACAAUUCCCCUCCCAAUCGCAAGAACUGAAAUGUCCAACGCCAGGAUGUGACGGCUCUGGACACGCAACUGGCAACUACAGCUCACACCGAAGUCUCUCCGGAUGCCCGCGGGCCUCAAAACCCAAAAGUAAACCACGUGACGGCCAGGAAUCGGAACCGCUAAGCAGAUGCCCCAUUCCGGGUUGCGAUGGAUCCGGUCACUCCACGGGCAAAUUCCUGUCACACCGAAGUGCGUCCGGCUGCCCGAUAGCGUUGCGCAACAAGAUGCAUAUCCUGGAGAGUGGCGGCACCAUCGAGCAAGCGAAGGCAGCGAUGGCCCAAGCCGCAGCCGGUAAGUUCGAACCAUUCCAGUGUCAGACACCGGGUUGCGACGGAAACGGCCACAUCGAUGGUACAUUUAGUACCCAUCGUACGACGGCCAGUUGCCCGACGGCCCAAGCUACCGCCGCCGGCCAGCAGGCAAACAAGAAGCCACGCUACAGCGACGAGGUCCUUAUGAACUCGACCUCGGCGGCAGCGAAAUCUUUCAACGACCUGGCAACGAAUUAUAACCCGACAAAGAAUGGCCUGCUUGGCACUAGCGGAGGAUCGGCCAUCGCAACGGGACCGUCCCUUGGGGGUGUCCUCGGAAGCGUCUCUUCGGAUGACCAUCACCCGAAGAGCAGUCACCCGUCGGAUUCGGGCUCGGUACCCGGUUCCGGUGGGAUCGGGUCGCUUCCGGGAUCAAUCGGCGGAAAUCCGGCACAGUCCCAGUCGCAAACCAAUGCCGGACCCGGCGGUAACGAAGACAUUCUCACCUUGGACGAGGAGAUCAGUGAGCUCAAGCGAGAAAAUGCCCGCGUCGAGCUGCAGAUGCUGCGACUGAAAUCGAACAUCAACGCGAUGGAAUCGCAGCUGAACAACAACGAGCCGAAGCUCCUCGAGAUCGGAACUCGGGGGAUCACAUGAAAUUUCCUGACCUGUUAGAGCUUUUUAGUUUCCGCAUGAAUGGGAUUGUGAAUGUGUGGGGCUCGGCGUGAGAGAGGAAAGUGAAUGUGAAAAAAAUGAACAAUUUGAACUGUAUACUAAAUGACAGCCGAACAUCGAUUGAUCAGUAGUUGUGGACCGUGAGAACGUUCGGUUUGAGUUCGGUGGACGAAGUUAUAACGAUUACAUCUUAAACCAUUACAAAACACACAGAAACAAUGAAGAGAAGUGAACCUAGUUGAAAUGUGCUAUACGAACUCAUUUUAAUUAUAAAUAUAUGAAAAUGAAACAGGCAACACAGAAGACAGAGAAGCAACAAAAUAUUACCGGAAACCAUUGAAAUGCUACUAUUUUAAGUACGUCGUAAAUUGGUGGAAUAAAUUCGUGGAAGUCAGCGAACUGUAAGGAUAAUUGUGAAGAAAAUAAAUCUCCAAUAAGAAUCCAAAGCAGCAAACACAUUAGCAAAAUUGUAAAAAGUCAUUAUUGUAUGUAACCCAGUUAUGAAUUUUAAUAACGAUAAUAAAAAUUACAUAUUUGUGAUACUAA